AUGGUGACGGAGAGCCAUGAUGCAGUAGAUGGAACGAGAAUCACCUUCACUCCAGAUCUGGCCAAGUUUGGCCUUACCACUUUUGACCAUGCCAUCUGCGAAUUAUUCAAAAAGCGAACCUACGAUGUAGCUGGCACACUACGCGGAGUAAAUGUCUACUACAAUGGGAAUUUAGUAGAGGUGCCAUCAUUUCAAGAGUAUGUUAGUUUAUACAGUGAUGACCAUAGUUCAAAUGAUGUCUUGUAUGUCAAUGCCAGCAGACGAUGGCAAUGGGCUGUCAGAAAAUCACCCACUGGCUUUCAGCAAAUAUCAUUUGUCAACAAUAUUGCCACUACUGGGGGCGGGAAACAUGUCGACUACAUUGUCGAUCAAAUAGUCAACAUUAUAAAACCCCUUGUGGAUUCUCAUCUCAAAAACGGCAUUAAAAAAGUUGCGAUAAAACAUCAACUAUGCGUGUUUGUGAACGCUUUGAUUGAGAACCCGGCAUUUACAAGCCAAACGAAAGAUGUGUUGACCACCGCAGUUCGCGAAUUUGGAUCCAAAUGUGAAUGCGACGCCGAGAGGGUCCAAGCAUGGGCUAUAGACUCUGGCUUGGUGGAUGAAUUGACAAGUGAAGCGCAGGCGAAAGAGGACUACAUGACGACUGAUUUCGUGCUGUUUAAGGCAACUGCUUCCAAGGAAAUAAAUCACAUGAUGCGAAUCCUGGGUUUAACCUACGGUGAAAACUAUUCCAUCGCGGAAAAUCGAGCGAAAUUACGUUAUGGUGGAAUUAUCAUCUUAACAGAUCAGGAUGAAGACGGAUCCCAUAUCAAAGGACUGAUCAUCAAUUUUCUCUACACCUUUUGGCCAGAGUUAUUGCAUAGUGGUUUUGUGCAAUCUUUUAUGACUCCACUUUUAAAAGCACGCAAUGGCUCGGAAACAAUCAGCUUUUAUUCUAUGGAGGAGUUCAAAAACUGGAAGGUUAACACUGAAAAUGCUGACAAGUACACAGUGAAGUAUUAUAAGGGUUUAGGAACAUCUACGUCCAAAGAAGCUCGUGAGUAUUUUUCCAACUUUGAAAAACACUUGGUUAACUUUCGAUAUGAGGAUGAGGAAGAUGGUGAAAGUCUUCGAAUGGUUUUCGAUAAACGUAGAGCUGAUGAUAGAAAGCAGUGGAUCAAUAAGAUGUUGGAAACAGACUGCGUAGAUCACACAGCAGUGAACGAAGCUACAUAUAAGGAAUUUGUUGAUAACGAGCUUUUUCGAUAUUCUUUGCUUGACUUGAAGGUGAGCCACUUCCAAAUGAUUUAAAU